AUGAGCGAAAAUACUGACAUUAACUCAGAAAUAGUUAUCUUAGAUGUUGGCGGUAUUAAGUACAAAACUUUUCGUUCAACUCUAACCGCACACCCAGACACUUUACUUGGCACAAUGUUUUCGGAUCGAAAUCAGCAACUUCUGAAACCAAUAAAUGGUAACGAAUAUUUUUUCGAUCGCAAUGGUCGCGCUUUUCAUUAUGUUAUGGAAUACUAUCGUACUGGAAAGCUUUCUUUACCCAGUCAAUUGGACAACAAAACAACUGAAUUCUGGGUAACGAGAGAAGAAGUUGAGAAGGAACUCGAUUAUUUUCUCAUCAAUAACAAAUUUGAACAGCAAUAUAAGGAGGUUCAAUUGACUAUAGCAGAGCAUCUUCGUAAAUUGGUUGCUUUCCUGGAACAACUGCUUUUGAACGAAAUGCGAUCAAUGGUAACUGUUAAUAUACUUUGUAAAGUAUAUAAUUCUAAGAUAAAAAUACAAAAUAGGAUAGAAUAUUUUUCCUAUGGAUCAGAAACUGCGUUUCAUUUGACAAAAGAAUUUCAUCCUGAAAUUUCACGACACUUGAAACAUAAAUUCUCGGGAUCAACUAUUACUUCUCAAUUGAAAUUCGAUAAUUCUGAAUAUCACGUCGACUUUGAAAUGACCCUUAAAUAUGAUAAAGAAUUUAUUUUGGGUCAUUCUAAUUUGAAGGUUGAUUAA